GGCUGGCUCCGCGACCCCAGCGCCGCGAGAAGCGGCCCAACCACCUGAACCCGGAAAACGCCAACAAGUAGUUUUUCGUUGGAGAAGGGCGGCUCGGCUGGGUGUCAGGACUCAGUCCGGCUGCCCGGAGAACCUCGUCCACUCGGAAACCAAAGCAGAAGCACUUUUCUGUCGGUCUCGUUAAGUCAUGUCUGAACCACAGAGAUGGGCAAGAUCGAGAACAACGAGAGGGUGAUCCUCAAUGUCGGGGGCACCCGGCACGAAACCUACCGCAGCACCCUCAAGACCCUGCCUGGGACGCGCCUGGCCCUUCUCGCCGCCUCCGAUCCCCAGGGCGACUGCCUGACGGCGGCUGGCGACAAGCUGCAGCCGUCGCCCCCUUCGCUCUCGCCGCCGCCGCGACCGCCCCCACUGUCCCCCGGGCCGGGCGGCUGCUUUGAGGGCGGCGCGGGCAACUGCAGUCCCCGGGGCAUCGGCGGCGACCACCCUGGGGGCGGCCGCGAGUUCUUCUUCGACCGGCACCCCGGCGUCUUCGCCUAUGUGCUCAACUACUACCGCACGGGCAAGCUGCACUGCCCCGCCGACGUGUGCGGGCCGCUCUUCGAGGAGGAGCUGGCCUUCUGGGGCAUCGACGAGACGGACGUGGAGCCCUGCUGCUGGAUGACCUACCGGCAACACCGUGACGCCGAGGAGGCGCUCGACAUCUUCGAGACCCCCGACCUCAUCGGCGGCGACCCUGGCGACGACGAGGACCUGGCGGCCAAGAGGUUGGGCAUCGAGGACGCGGCGGGCCUGGGGGGCCCCGACGGCAAGUCUGGCCGCUGGAGGAGGCUGCAGCCCCGCAUGUGGGCCCUCUUCGAGGACCCCUACUCGUCCAGAGCCGCCAGGUUUAUUGCUUUUGCUUCUUUAUUCUUCAUCCUGGUUUCAAUCACAACCUUUUGCCUGGAGACACAUGAAGCUUUCAAUAUUGUUAAAAACAAGACAGAACCAGUCAUCAAUGGCACAAGUGUUGUUCUGCAAUAUGAAAUCGAAACGGAUCCUGCCUUGACGUAUGUAGAAGGAGUGUGUGUGGUGUGGUUUACUUUUGAAUUUUUAGUCCGUAUCAUUUUUUCCCCUAAUAAACUUGAAUUCAUCAAAAAUCUCUUGAAUAUCAUUGACUUUGUGGCCAUCCUACCCUUCUACUUAGAGGUGGGACUCAGUGGGCUGUCAUCCAAAGCUGCUAAAGAUGUCCUUGGCUUCCUCAGGGUGGUAAGAUUUGUGAGGAUCCUGAGAAUCUUCAAGCUCACCCGCCAUUUUGUAGGUCUGAGGGUGCUUGGACACACACUUCGAGCUAGUACUAAUGAAUUUUUGCUGCUGAUAAUCUUCCUGGCUCUAGGAGUUCUGAUAUUUGCUACUAUGAUCUACUAUGCCGAGAGAGUAGGAGCUCAACCUAACGACCCUUCAGCUAGUGAGCACACGCAGUUUAAAAACAUUCCAAUUGGCUUCUGGUGGGCUGUAGUGACCAUGACUACCUUGGGCUAUGGGGAUAUGUACCCCCAAACAUGGUCAGGGAUGCUGGUGGGAGCCCUGUGUGCUCUGGCUGGAGUGCUAACAAUAGCCAUGCCGGUGCCUGUCAUUGUCAACAACUUUGGAAUGUACUACUCCUUGGCAAUGGCGAAGCAGAAACUUCCAAGAAAAAGAAAGAAGCACAUCCCUCCUGCCCCUCAGGCAAGCUCACCUACUUUUUGCAAGACAGAAUUAAAUAUGGCCUGCAAUAGCACACAGGGUGACGCAUGUCUGGGCAAGGACAAUCGGCUUCUGGAACAUAACAGAUCAGUGUUAUCAGGUGACGACAGUACAGGAAGUGAGCCGCCAUUAUCACCCCCAGAAAGGCUCCCCAUCAGACGCUCUAGUACCAGAGACAAAAACAGAAGAGGGGAAACAUGUUUCCUACUGACGACAGGUGAUUACACGUGUGCUUCUGAUGGAGGGAUCAGGAAAGAUAACUGCAAAGAGGUUGUCAUUACUGGUUACACGCAAGCUGAGGCCAGAUCUCUUACUUAAUGGCUUGGGGAAGGCACAAAACAUGAGAGAAAGGUAACUGCCGGCCAGGCUUGCAUUGUUUAGCCAGGAAUUGCUGCUUGGAACUAGAGUCAUAUAUAUCUAUAUCUAUAUCUAUAUCUAUAUCUAUAUCUAUCUCUAUAUAUUUUUUUAAUCCCAGGAUUUGUCAUCAUUUUCCGAGGCAAAGUGCCAAAUAUCACCCAAAGCUCUCAUGUCCUUAUUUUUUUAAUACUCCUUCCUUUAUUUUUAUUUAUUGAUUUUUGUGCAAACAUCAAAAAUUAUUGUGGUUCACAGGAGGCUUUUUAGACCAGCCUUAAAUUUCUGACUCACAGGAUUGAUCAGAUUUUCAGGCAGUAUUUAACCAGGUGCUUUGUCCUGUAUGUUGUUUCUGUCUGUCUGUCUUAGCUCCCUGUCUUAAAUGUAUAUGCCAUCUGUCUUCAUGAAGCACAGAGAUGCCUUGAUAAGAUGUUCCUGGUUUUAGUACUGGGUCCUCUCCCUUGCCCCCUGCCUUCUCUGCCCUUUGGAACAGCCUCUCUGCUUUGUGUAUAAAUGAAUGACGCCCUGCAGACUACCUAAGUCCAUCGGUACUGUGAGCCUUUUUUGAUAAGCAGGAUUUAAGCAGCAGCAUCACAUUACCAUUGGUUGCUUGCUGCACCUGUCAGUUUCUACUACCUAGCAACCAGCAUUCAUCACUACACUCCAGCAAAACCCCGAGGGAGUUUUAUUCAGUCCAAGUGGAAGAAAUUCUGUUUACAACAUCCCUGGGAAGCCACUAGUGAUGGUGUGUCUGGUGUAUUGGGCGUGUGAGGGAAGAAAAAUGCCAUAAUAUAAAUUGAGGGAUAAACAAUAUUUCUAAGGCAUUCGGGAUCCUUGAGACUGUUGAUUAAUCCUUAAUUCUCAUGUUUAUUUUUUUUGUUAGGAAGACAAAUGUCAUUUUUAUUAUUGGCCACAUAACAUCUAUUACUCUAUAUCCCUAAGUCCUAAAGCAUGAACUGCAUGUCAGAGAUCUUGUACAGCAACGAAUUUACCCAGACGUACACAUCUGAUAUUUAGAGAUUCAAUGAUCUUUUUUAAUAACACCACACUUAGAAAGUUAUAAUGACCUAUAGCAUUGUGGUAAAGGAAUUAAUAUGCUGUCUGGUGCUGCUGUUAUUGACUGCAGUGUUGUACAGAAUUUGUCAUGGAUUUUUGACCGCUGAAAAAGGGACAAUGGAAUUUAGCCAUACCAAGGACUGUACUGGAAACAGACUUCUGC